AUGCCUUUUUUUAUCAACGCACUUGUCUCCAAAAUCACCAUCGCGUGAAUAUUUUUUUCUUUUCCUCUCUAAACCAGUCUAAACCAAACCCAAAAUCGAUUUUAAUUUCAAUACCAAUAUAAACUUUUUGUUCCGGUUCGAGAUCUCUCCUCCGAAACUUUUGUCUGAUUUCUUCAAUCAUAGGCUCUCUCCGAUGAACUGCAAAUUCUUCUCCAGAAUCUGCGGCGGAUUCCCCUAUCGGCUAUUCGAUUCCAAAUGUACAGUAGCUUCUCUUCCUUCUAUUGCUUCAGAUUAUUGUUUUUUCGUUAAUCAUUAGAAUGUACUUGUGCUUAAUGUUGAUAAUGAUUGUGAUUAUGAUCACUAGUAUACUUCUGUCACAUAUGGAACAAAUUUAGUUAUUUUUUGCUGUAAAUUGGUAGUAUGCUAAAAACUCAAGAUUUCUAAGUGUUGAAAAUUUCAGUAAUCUUAAGUCCCACUGUAUAAUGGGACAUAUUGCUAAGUUGAGAGAAAAAGUAUGUGCAUUCUUUCUUUAGUUGGAGUUUUGGCAUACAUAUAAACACAUUGAAGCUAAGAUUUUUGCCUAUCAAUAGAAGAAUCUAUAAGUUUGAAGAAAUAAAGUAGUAAUCCUUGUUUUUCUUUACAUGUAUGUAGCGAGACUCCUUCAUGACUCAACAAUUGUUAUAACUAUCUUCUUCUCUGUCUCUACCCACCUCAAGCUCCCUGUUAUCUCGGUGAGCACUUAACAUUUGAAGACGCUGAAUACGUUGUGGAAUUGUUCCAUCAAAUCUCAUGCUCUGAGGAUCUUCAGAAUAAGCUACAUAGUAAGCCAAUACACAUGCCUGUAGCCACGCCAAACCUACCCUUCCCUGAAAACACUCAAAACCAGUUAAUGAAGAGACAGCUCCAACAGAAACAGCACUGAGAAAACAGAAGGAGCUAGUGAGAUCCGAGUCAAUCAGUUUCUCCAACCCUGUUGUGCUUCUGAACUUCUUCCAGGUAUCACUCGAAGCCUCCAUGAAUCCUUUAUCAUAGGUUCCAACAUGUACAAAGCCCCAUCUGUUUCCAAGUGUAAUGAGUUUGUUAGCAAUGGUAGAGAAGCAAUCAGCACCUGAAUACAUGACCUCAUCGCUGCUCCCUGACAUUAGAUUAACACUUCUUAUUGAUCCUCUUAUGAAUACGAUGAUUGGAACAAGCGUCGAGCCAACGCAGAUGCUCCCAGUCAAGUGUUUCAUAGUGAUGCGGAAAGCAUUCCAAGCGUCCAUAUCUUCUCCAUGUGCAAAGUUUACAUAUCUCGCCCGUGAAAUCGCAACUUGUUGAACAUUCUUGAUAACUUGCAUCGUCCAUGCUAAGCUUAUUAUGAUUACGGAUAUGAACAAGAUAUCAAGAUUUGUUCUAGUGGAAGUUGCUCCUCCAAUUCCAGUCACCAAGAAACCAGAGUAAACGACACUGACUAUGAUUGAUAAGCAGACUACUUCUCUGGUUCUUGCAGGUGGAAAUGCUGUGGCAAGUGAUAAUAUUUUAUCGGUGUACUCAAGCCUCGGAGUAAUCCAGCAACCAUAGAGGGACUGAGUAAUGGCGAAAAGGACAAACACUGCACCUAUACCUGCAUCUACCGCUGAGCCAAUCAAAACAAGCAAGAUUCCUACCGAGCAGGUGAGUAUUGGGCUAAGCCAGAACGUUGCUUUGACUGCUCUUGAUGGAUUGUAGAUAAAGAUGCAUUGCCAUGCUAAAGAUGCAAUUCCUGAGACAGCAACAGAUGCUAGUAAAGGAGGGUACCAUUUCUUGAGGUGGAAAUGGUGUGUACUUGCUGAGAUGAGACCGCGAAUGGUGAGAACGAUCACCAAAAGUGAGAUUAAGGUUAGUUGUGAGAAGAGAAGACCCUUGAAAAGAGUUCUAAAGAGUUUUCCUGCUAUGGUUUGUUGUGUUGUUGGAGGUGGUCUACCUUGUUGUUCCUGCAAAAAAAAAGAAACAAAAUGGUGUCUCAUCAACAGGUUAUUCAAAGCUGAUUAAUGUGAAUUCGUUAUGAACAUGCAAGUAAAAAGCACCAUGAAGAAAACAAGAAGAGACAAAAGAGAAGCUGGGUCUUGGUUUUGUUCUUGAGUCAAGAAAUAGUGAUGGAAGUCAACGAGAGAGGAUCAAAACAGAGAGCAUAAAGUAGAAAGCAAAACAGAACCCAGAGAGAGAGAAGAUACAGAGAUCAAGGUGUUUCCUGAUUCUUGAUUCAAAAGAGAGAAAUACCUUGAAGGCGAAUGGAGAAGAAGAAGGAGGAAGAGGAGACAUUAUUCUUGGUUCUUGAAUCUGCAUGCGAGAGGCAUGACCGUUGCUUGUUGGUGUAGGCAUAGAUGCGUUGUAUUUGCCAGGAGUGUUCCUUGAAUCCCAAGUUCCACUUAACCAUCUUCAUCAAUCAUCAUUCUUCUGUAUAUAUACAUACAUACUCUUUGUCAAUAAGUUCUACCAUUUUGUUGAUGUUUUAUUAAAUUCAUUUCGAAUAUUUAGUACAUACUUUAUUCCAUUACUUUGACUUA